CACGUGAACAUUUCUUUUUUUCCUCCGUUCUCCGUCGCGCAGACGAGGCCAUGUCUUGCUCACUGUCCGCCCGCUGCAUUCGGCGUACAAUCGUCGGCCAACCCCAGUCAUCUGUCCAGUCCGUUUCCUCUCAAGUGCCAGCUGCUAGACAUUACAGCGUAGCCGCACUCAAAACACGUCCCGCUCCCCCGCACACGAGGCGAACCGAGCCCGUAUUGUCAUAUGCCCGUCCUGCCGCGCUCGAGCCGGACGUGCGAUGGAUGGAGAAGUCGGAUGUGCGGCCGCGAGACGACCAGGUUGGGGUUGCUACGUACAAGCCCGCGGCCGCGGAGCUCAGGCGGCGGCCACGCGAGGUCGGCUCCUCCACCACGCGCGACCGAGUCCUGCACAUUGCGGAAGGGUCUGGCGCCGCGGCGCGUCGGACGGGGUCAACCAUCACCGCGACACGCUCGAGGUCAGAGACGCGGCAGGUGUCCGGCGGCUCGUCGACGCCCGGCCGGGCCUCGAAACCAGACGCGCUGUUCUCGGAGCAUUUGAAUGGGCUGUUUGAGCCGCUAAAAUUUCCGCCUGAGUUGUCGGCGAGGAUACUCACGCACGCGAGUCAUCCGGCAGCGUUCCACGGGCAUAAUGGGCAGUUUUCUUUCAUGGGUCGGCGCGUGCUCGAAUCAUACCUGCUCAUUCUCUUGGCAUCUUCACCCAAGCUGAAGCCCAGCCAUGACUUGCAAGAUAUCGUAUCGCGAGUAUUGAACACGUAUUUUCUCGGACAGCACAUCGGCUCCCAAUGGGGUCUCGGACGUGUCAUGCGAUGGACACCAACAGUAGCCGCCUCCAUGCUCGAGGAGGGAUCGCCUCUGAACAAAGAGAAGAUUUUGAAAGACGUCGGGUUGUACAAGGUACAGGGCGACGCUGUGACCGCUGUAGUCGGUGGGAUCUUCCAGCAAUUCGGUGCGUCGGUUGCACACCGGGUGUUCCAUACGCGCAUGCUGCCUCUUCUGCUGGAGCCCGUGGGUGGUCUCCCGGCUACGUUCCAUUCGGAUGCGCUCCGGGCUUGCUCGCGAUUGGGUGGAGCCGAGGGGAAACUGGUCCAUGAGACUUCGCCUGCAUCACAGACCAAGGCUUCGGUGGUGAUCGAAGCUGGAGAUAGACAGACAUUACAGCUCUAAUGACAAGGCGUUCUUUGGGAGAAUUAUGAAAAGUUCAAUAUAAUCUUAAUCGGCAUCAGGUGGAGGAACAGGAGGAGCAGUUGUUUUGAGACCGGAAAUCGUAACAAUAAGGGUGCAAUAGACAAGACAGUCCGCCUGAUUGAAUGUGCUGGCAUUCGUGUUGGAGUAGAUAAUCAGCGGGUGUCCCCGAUUCGUUGUUUGAACGUGCACGUUAAAUGUACAGUAUUUUAAAGUAAAUUACAACAAUAAGUAAACGACCCAAACUGAAUAAAUAGUCCAUAUGGUCUUUCCAUCAGAGGGACCGAGAAAGAGCGCAGGAUUAAAACUCCGGGACCUUGUUGUAAUCGUCGUCCGAUAGUUUCAUGCGGUUGUCCAGGCCACCCUUGUUGCCGUUGCGGAAGUCCUGCUCGGAGAUGAGGACGUGAAAGUGGCGGAAUCUGAUCCACCUACAGCCAUGACGAUGUUUUCUCCCCGAUCAUCUUCCAUGCGGCUCGCGUGCGUGAUCCGAACACCGGGCAUGCCCACGCGGGGAUUCAUACCGCUGAUGUUGUGCUUUGGGUCGGAGGUCGCGUCGUUGAACAUGGACGUGUUGGCGUGUGCUUGCAUAGCGGACACGACACUGCCACCCUGGAGAACGGGGCGCGCAUUGAGCGUUGCCACGAGCACAUUGGAGUAUAGGCGACCGAUCGUCAAGAAGCUGAGGACAACCAUUGGUCAGUCCAUCGCGGCACAACAGCCCGUUCGUGCGACUCACAAGAUGAAAUGCCAGUUGAAGUG